AUGGAUCGCCAUACACCGCCAUCCCCGGCGCCGACCAAAGCCGAACCACUCCCGACCGGCUUCCACGAGCUGAUCCAGCAUAAUGCCUCCGCGUCUUACCCUUGCGGAAUGAUCCAUGCCGAGUCUAUCCAGGCGCACUCGCAACCAGCUUCGAGAUACGGAACGCCGGAUGACAGCCCUUAUGGGCCCCUUCCAGAGCCGUACGGCACUCCGGCAACCUCGCCGCCAACGCCGUCGCGGGGGUCGGACGUGGCGAGCGGUCGGAGCAACGUUCGGGGAGAGGCUAGCGCGAAGAUACUGGGUCCCCGGAGCACGCGCAUCGAAAAGUCGACGCCGAAGAGGAAGAAGGAGCGCGCCAGGCCGCUCAAGAACAUGCCAGUGCUGGACAAGCCCAUGAGCGAGCUGACCAAGGGCUCGUCGAUCCCGAUUGCCGACAUCGAGGCGUACGUGAACCGGCCAGCCGAGGUCCGGCGGCAGGAGGUCGAGACGGGGAAGAAUCCCGGCAGGGUCAAGCGGCCGAUGAACGCCUUCAUGCUGUACCGGAAGGCGUACCAACAACGCGCCAAGGAGUGGGCAUCGCAGCACAACCACCAGGUCGUGUCUCGGGUGUGCGGUCUGAGCUGGCCGUUAGAGCCGGAGCACGUCCGGCAGCAGUUCAAGUUCUGGGCCGACACGGAGCGCGACAACCACCAGAAAGCCCACCCCAACUACAAGUUCACCCCAGCCAAGCCGCACAAGCCGCCGCCCAAGUUCGAUGCCGAGUAUGGCGAGCAGAGCGACGGUUCCGACCUGGAGGACUAUGACUGGGCUGGCGUGGCGGACCAGGGGAUACGGUCAGCAACCCACACGCCCGGCGCCGACAGCGACUACAUCCCGACCCGCUCCGUCUACGCGGCAGCCCACCCGCAUCCGAACCAGUUCGCGGGGACGCACCCGCUGAGCAUGCUGCGCCACACUCGGUCGACCGGACUCGGCUUCGACCCCGGGAAGCCGUUGCCGGGCAUGUACGACGGCCUGCAAGCGCAGUACUAUGAGACGCACAUGCGCAACCAGCACCACCAGCAGCGCCACCAGCAGCCCGGUGCCGGCGAUGAGGUCUUGAUGCACAGGACCCCAUCCCCGAGCCUCGCUUUCCAGCAGCCGACAGCCGCCGGCCUGCAUCCAUACUACGACCUCGACCAGUACCAACAAAAGAUCGAAUCGCAAGUGGCCCAGGCCCAAGCCCAGGCCCAGUCGCAGUCGCAGCCCCAUCAACACCAGCAGCAGCACCAUGCCCACCACCAGUUCGAGCAUCGCAUAGACCCGUCGCUGCUGUCACAGGAGGGUUCCAUCUUUGACGCAGGCAGUUUCAACGGCCUCCCGAGCAUGUUCGGCGGUAGCCUGGGCGCGGCGACUCAGCAGACCUGGCAGGCGACGCAGCUGGCGUCAGCUACCGAGGCCGACGGCCAGUUCUCCAACGCCUUUAUGGGUCUCGCGGAGCCGCUGUCUCUCGAGCAGCAGACCCAGUUCCUGGGAGGUGAAUGGCAGGUCGAGCCCCUGCCAGACGCUGCGCACUUGGACACCAGUUGGGUAGAUCAGAAGGACUGA